AUGCAUUGCGACAGCGUAGGCUCCUCCUCCUCCUCCUCCUCCUCCUCCUCCUCCUCCUCCUCCUCCUCCUCCUCCUCCUCCUCCUCCUCCUCCUCCUCCUCCUCCUCCUCCUCCUCCUCCUCCUCCUCCUCUUCGCUCCCUUCCCGUUCGCCGGAAUCGACGGUCCCUGUUUUCCGGAAGUCGUCGGCUUUUGAUUGGCGGAAACUAGCCACGUCAGCGUCGAUCGCGAUGCUCGUCCUCUCCUCCUCCCCAAAUCCCGCGCUCGCUUACGUGGCGGCGCCUCCGCGCACGCUUUCCCAGGAUGAGAUCGCGACCGUCCGAUUGUUCAAGGAGACGACGCCGUCCGUUGUGAACAUCACGAACCUCGGCGUGGGUAGCGACGCGGUGACACUCGACGUGCUGGCGGUGCCGCAAGGAUCGGGCAGCGGGUUUGUCUGGGACGAGGUGGGGCACAUCGUGACCAACUACCACGUGAUCUCCAAUGCUGCUGAUGUCAGGGUCACCCUUUCAGACUCCUCCGUGCAUGCAGCGGUGGUGGUGGGGUGUGAUGAGGACAAGGACGUGGCAGUGCUGCUGAUCGAUGCCCCCCAGGAGUCACUGCACCCGGUCACCAUCGGAUCGUCCUCAGACCUCAUGGUCGGGCAACGGGUCUUCGCCAUUGGUAACCCCUUUGGGCUCGAUCACACUCUAACAUCAGGCGUGAUCAGUGGUUUGAGGAGAGAGAUGCAAUCAGCAACAACAGGGCGGCCAAUACAGGGGGUGAUACAAACAGAUGCUGCCAUAAACCCGGGUAACAGCGGUGGGCCUCUUUUGGACUCUAGUGGCAGCCUGAUUGGCAUCAACACAGCUAUCUAUUCACCCUCCGGUGCUUCUUCCGGUGUUGGAUUCGCCAUUCCUGCUGACAGUAUCAGCGGCAUUGUGGAGCAGAUAAUCGAGAACGGCAGGGUGGUGCGGCCGGUGCUGGGUAUCUCAUUUGCGCCCGAGGAGGCAGUGGAGAAGCUGGGCGUCGAUGGGGUGCUCGUGCUUGAUGCCCCACCUUCUGGUCCCGCAGGCAAAGCGGGUCUCCGUCCCACAUCGAGAGACCACUAUGGUCGGCUGGUAUUGGGCGACAUUAUAAAUGCCAUAGACAACCAUAAAGUGCGAAGCGGAACAGAUCUCUAUCGGGCGCUCGAUGAUUGCCAAGUGGGAGACACGGUUGCUGUCACAGUACUGAGGGGGGAUCAGGAGAACGUGCUCAGCCGCAUCUGUGAUCAUGUUCUAGGUUGUGGAUUCGCGCGUCCGCCGGCGAGCGUUCGCGCCGGGCUGCAGAAGAUCGAGAAAAAUGACGUGUUCAUGGGAGUUUACCAGGGAUCGCUCUAUGCUGAGCUGGACCACGUGGACGGCGCCGACAAGAUGUCCGACGGCUAUGCCUACAUGGCCAUCUACAAGAAGGGCGACGAUUACAACAUCCGAUUCGGCGCGGAGGCCGAAUCCAAGGAGCCCGGGGAACCCACCGCGUUCACAGUCAACAGCGCGGCCGACAAUAGCCUGGUUAUCGACCUGGGCGCGGGUCAGACGUACAAGAACACCACGUACGAGCUCCGCGUGUUCAAGUUCCUGCAGAAGUUCGUUCCGUACUCCUACAGGUUCAAGGGCAAGUGGACCCCGGCCAGCGCUGUUACCGUCGCCGCUGGCCCGCUCAAGGACACCGUGGACGCCAUGAUCCAGAACCCUAAGAACUACUACGCGAUUUUCAACACCGCGACGAACCCUGCUGGUUGCGCCAAGGGCGAGUUUGGUUUCAUCCAGCCGUGGUGGAAGCGCCUCUAUUCAGGCCCUCGCGUCAAGAUGGCUUCUGUGCUGCUGCCUACGUCCGUGAAGCCUAAGAAGUAUGUGGUCCAUCUGGAGCCGAAUCUGGAAACCUUCAAGUUCAAGGGCAUCGUGACUGUAGAUUUGGACGUGGUUGAGCCGACGAAUGAGAUUCGGUUCCACGCGCAGGAGCUGGAGUUGCAUAAGGUGGAGCUGACAACAGGCGACAAGCUCUUCACAGCAGGUGCAGAUGGAGUGCCGGAGGUGGAGCUGGAUAAGGAGAGUCAGGAAGGGAAGUUGGUGCUGGGGGAAGGGCAGACGUUGAGCACGGGGCCUGCGAAGCUGAGGAUUGAGUACACUGGGAUUCACAACGACAACAUGGUCGGCUUCUACCGUGCAUCCUACACCCGAGACGGCCAGAAGAAGUGGAUGGUCACAACGCAGUUCGAGCCAGUAGGAGCGCGCCAAUCCCUGCCCUGCUGGGACGAACCUGCAGCAAAAGCCACGUUCGAGGUGUCACUGCGCGUGCCGGCCGGGUUGCAAGGCUUGUCCAACAUGGACGAGGUUGGGCGGGAGAAGCAGGCGGACGGGUCAGAGGUGGUUCGGUUUGCAGAGAGUCCGGUGAUGAGCACUUACCUGCUGGCGUUCGUGGUGGGGGAGGUGGAGUGUGUAUCGGACAAGACCAGCAAUGGCACUCUGGUGAACAUUUAUACGACGCCUGGGAGGAAGGAGCAAGGGAGGUUCGCCCUGUCGGUGGCGUGCAAGGUGAUCACCUUCUUUGAGGACUACUUCGGAAUCAAGUACCCUCUGCCCAAGGCCGACCUCAUUGCCAUCCCGGACUUCGCCAUGGGAGCCAUGGAGAACUGGGGCCUCAUCACGUUCAGGGAGACUGCUCUGCUGGUGGAUGAGAACAGCGCACCUGCUGCCACCAAGCAGCGCGUGGCGUACGUCAUCUCUCAUGAGCUGGCCCACCAGUGGUUUGGUAACCUGGUAACCAUGAAAUGGUGGAACGACCUGUGGCUGAACGAGGGCUUCGCCACGUGGGUGGGGUGGCUGGGAGUGGACUACAUCUUCCCCGAGUGGGACGUGUGGACGCAGUUCGCCUGCAAUGACAUGGACACAUGCCUGCACACUGACGCCCUGCUGGGCUCUCACCCCGUUGAAGUGCCCAUCAAUGACCCCAAGGAGAUCGAGCAGGUGUUUGACGCACUCAGCUACUCCAAGGGCGCGUGUGUCAUUCGGCAGCUGGAGGCUGCCAUUGGGGCCGAUGCCUUCAAGAAGGGUCUACACUCGUACCUAUCCAAGCAUGCCUACGCCAACACCGUCACCAACGACCUCUGGAACUCCCUCGCCGAGGCCUCGGGCAAGCCUGUCCGUGAGAUGAUGGUCAGCUGGACGGCUCAGAUGGGCUAUCCGCUCAUCUCCAUCCUGCCUCCCAGCCCGGGCAAGCAGGGAGUGCGUCUCAGACAGACGCGUUUCCUCUCCAAGGGACCUCCCAGCGAAGCAGAGGACAAGCAGCUGUGGUGGGUGCCUGUGACUGCAACGGCAGGGAGAGUGGGUGGAGGGGAGGGGAAGAAGCUUGAUACGGUGGUUCUGUCAGAAAAGGAAGGGGAGGCGGAGGGGUUUGUGGUACCGGAAGGGGAGGGCGCGUGGCUGAGGGUGAACGCGGGGCAGACGGGGAUUUUCCGGGUGAAUUACACGGAGGAGCAGUGGAAGGGGAUCUCGGCUGCUGUGGAGGCGCUGCAGUUGCCUGUCAUCGACCGGCUGGGCUCUGUCAUGGACGCCUUUGCACUGGCCAAGGCGGGCAUUAUCAAGACAAGCCAGGCUCUGCAGCUGGCAUGGGCAUUCAAGAACGAAACGGAAUACACUGUAUGGGCGCAGAUAGCAGGGGACAUAGGCGAGCUGGAGAUCCUGAUCGGCGCGCUGCAGCAAAAGCCCCUGCUGGAGGCGGUGGGCAUGCAGCUCUUCACGCCCAUCGCUGACAAGCUGGGCUGGGAACCCAAAGCGGGCGAGUCUCAUCUGGACUCCAUGCUGAGGCCCCUGGUGCUGGGCAAGCUGGGCAGUUACCAGCACGCCCCCACCAUCGCCAAGUGCCAGGAGCUCUUCAAGCAGCUCACUGCUGACGUCUCCUCGGUCAACCCUGACCUGCGUCGCCUGGUCAUGUCUGUGGCGGUCAAGUACGGAGGAAAGGAGGAGCUGGAGGCCACUAAGAAGCUCUACAGGGAGGCAGCUGCGCCUGACUUCAAGAUCCACUGCCUCGUUGCGCUCUCCUCUGUGAAGGACCGGGAGCUGUACAAGGAUUUCCUGGCCUUCGCACUUGACGAGACUGAAGUGAAGGCGCAGGACCAAUACAUUGUCUUUAUGACCAUGGCAGGCAACGCAGCCAAUCGCGAGUUCGCAUGGGAGUAUUUCAAGGAGCACUAUGACACAAUCCACGCUCGCUUCGCCUCUGCCGCUGCCCUUUUCAAGCGCAUACCAGCUCUGCCCCUCAAGGGGUUUGCCACUGAGGACAAGGCUCGUGAUGCGGAGGCUUUCUUCGCCGCCCACCCGGUCCCGGCCGCGGCUAUGGAAUUGGAUCGGACACUGGAGACGAUCAGGGCUCGUGCAGCAUGGCUGGCACGAGAUGGGGAUGAUAUCGGCGACGCGACAAAGAACCAAUCAGACGCGUCGCAAGGGCCGCCAGACGGCGUGCAAAUCGUCAGUGAGGGCACGCUGACGUACGAUGGCCGCUACAGACGCUACAGCAUCUCCGGAAUCAACUUCGAGGUCCCCGUGCGCUACGUCCCGCUCUUCCCCCUUGGCCGAGGAGCCUAUGGUGUUGUUUGCUCUGCGCGAGAUGAGACGACCGGGGAGGAGGUGGCGAUCAAGAAGAUUGGCAACGUGUUCAAUGACCGCACAGACGCCAAGCGGACUCUCCGCGAGAUUCUAAUCCUCCGCAACAUGAAUCACCCCAAUGUGGUCGCCAUUAAGGACGUCAUACGCCCGCCCAACCCUCAGAGCUUCCAGGACGUGUCCAUCGUGUACGAGCUCAUGCCUCCGUUGCUCUCCUCUUCUCCACGCCUCCCUCCUUCUGCUCAUCCUCCCUUCCCCCCCUCUCUUCCCCCCUCUGUUCUCCCUCUCCCUCCUCUCCUCCACCAGGUGAUCGCCAUCAAGGACGUCAUCCGUCCGCCCAACCCUCAGAGCUUCCAGGACGUGUACAUCGUGUACGAGCUCAUGCCCGAGGACCUGCAUGGGGUCAUUCGGUCAGGGCAGGACAUGGACGAACGGCACUACACGGUGCGUGUGUGUGGGAGGCAGUUCAAGGUAUUAACAAUAGAACGUGAGCUGUGGGAAUACAAGCUCAUCCUCUUCCAGCUGCUUCGAGGCACUAAGUACAUCCACUCCGCCAACAUCCCUCUUCUCCUUCCCCUGCUUUGCUCAUGUAUGGCUCUUCACCCUGUCUCUCCCCUGGCUCCCCCCUCCCCUGUCUCCCCCCAGCUCAUCCUAGGCGCCAAGAACAUCCACUCGGCCAACAUCCCUCCUUCCCUUACACUUCGUCCAACGCUUCGCCUCUUUUCUGCAUUCGCUCCCCCUCCCCUCGCCCCCUCCCCUUUCCCCCUCCCCUUUCCCCCUCCCUUUCCCCCUCAACUCUCCCCCUUCCCCCCCCAGCGCAUCCUGUUCCCACUCAGCCAGCAUCCCUCUUUCCCAUUCCCCUUCCCGUUUCCCCUGUGCAAACCAUCAUUCUUCUGCCCCUCUCUCGCUUAUCCCUCCCCAUUCUCUCCCCAGCGCAUCCUUUUCCAGUUACUGAAGGGAGUCAAGUAUAUCCACUCAGCCAACAUCCCUCUUUUCCCUUCCCUUUUUCGUUCUCUCAGCACAAAAUUACUGAAGGGAGUCAAGUACAUCCACUCAGCCAACAUCCUGCACCGUGACUUAAAGCCCCCCAACAUUCUCAUUGACGGGCGCUGCAACAUCAAGAUCACCGAUUUCGGCCUCGCGCGAACCCGUGUGGAAACCACCGACCACCUGACAAAAUAUGUGGUUACCAGAUACUACCGCGCUCCCGAGCUGCUGGUGAAAAACCAGCAGUACAGUGCGUCUAUUGACGUGUGGUCGGUGGCUCUGAUCUACCUGGAGUUGGUGCUGGGGCACAUUGUGCUCAAAGGGGAUAACUACGUCGACCAGCUCCGCAAGACCUGCGAGCUGAUCGGGUCCCCCUCUGCAGAGGACGCGUCCUUCAUAGUCAACGAUGCCGCCCGCACCUUCCUGCUCUCAGAGCUGCAGGGCUUCCCCUCCCUUCCCCCACUCCUGUGCCUCAUUCUUCCCUGUUCUUCUUCGUGUGCUUCAUUCCCCUCUCUGGUACUCCAGCUCAUAGGAUCUCCAUCCGCUGAAGACGCCUCUUUUAUAGUCAACGAUGCCGCCCGCACCUUCCUGCUCUCAGAGCUGCAGGGCUUCCCUGCAAGGAACAUCAGGGACGUGUUCCCAAAGCUGUCGGAACCCGCGGCUGACUUGGUGCAGCGCAUGCUGGUCUUUGACCCGAGAAAGCGAAUCACAGGUGCGCUGCUCUCCCAUCUCCUCUACAAUGCCUCUCUGCGUGUCUCGAGAGUGAUUAGCAGCGUCAGGCAGGGCUCUCCUGCCAGAAACAUCAGGAAGGUGUUCCCCAAGCACUCAGAGCUCGGGGCGGACUUGGUGCAGCACAUGCUCAUGUUUGACCCGAGAAAACGAAUCUCAGGGCUUAUCCCCGUGCCCUCUUCCCCAACCGCAGUGGACGAGGCAUUGGCCCACCCCUGCCUGGUGCCGCACUACCACAAGGCCAGCCAAGACCCUCUUUGUCCCUCGUUCCCCCAUUUCUCCCCCCCCCCCGUACGCCCGUGCCUCGUCUCCUCUCCUGCAGUGGACGAGGCGUUGGCGCACCCGUACCUGGCGCACUACCACAAGGCCAGCCAGGGCUCGCCCCACCCAAGCUCCCAAUUGGACGAGGCAUUGGCGCACCCGUACCUGGCACACUACCACAAGGCCAACCAGGACCCUCCUCACUCUUCAGCCCCCCCUCUCCCCCUCCUUUUCCCGUACCCAACCGCAGUGGAUGAGGCAUUGGCGCACCCGUACCUGGCACACUACCACAAGGCCAACCAGGACCCGCCGCACCCAAGCUCCCAAUGUUCACUUAGUGAUACGAGCCUUCUAUUCCUCUGUUUGCCCACUCCCUCCUCUCCCACAGUGGACGAGGCAUUGGCCCACCCGUACCUGGCGCACUACCACAAGGCCAACCAGGACCCUCCUCACUCAUCCCCCUUUCCCCCUCCUUUUCCCGUACCCAACCGCAGUGGACGAGGCAUUGGCGCACCCGUACCUGGCGCACUACCACAAGGCCAACCAGGACCCGCCGCACCCAAACCCCUUUCAGUACGACCUGAGCUUCGAGCAGGAGGAGUAUGA